AUGGCUUCAGUUUCUCACUAUUUCUUGCUAGGUCUGAUCUUUUUGGAUUCAUAUGGAACUCAGCCAUCCUGUCUGCCAGGAUGUACCUGCUCAGAGGAGAAUUUUGGCAGGACUCUGCAGUGCAUGUCUAUCUCUUUGGGAAGGAUCCCAGAGAACCUUCCUCAAGAGUUCAAGCAAGUGAGAAUUGAGCAUUCAUCCUUAUUUGAACUGUCCCAAAGGUCUUUUGCCAGCAUGAGCACUGUAGAAUACCUUUGGCUCAAUUUUAAUGGUGUCACUGUGAUCCACCUAGGAGCCCUGGAGCACCUGUCAGAACUGAAUGAGCUGAGACUGGAAGGGAACAAACUUCAUUCAGUACAGUGGACCAUGUUCCAUGCCACCCCUCUCUUGAGAGUCUUGGAUCUCAAACACAACAGGAUUGAUGUACUCCCUGAGCUGGUUCUGCAGUUCUCGUUCAACCUGACCUACCUUGAUCUAUCUUCCAAUAUACUUACCGUUGUAUCCAAGAGUGUAUUCUUGAACUGGCCAGCCUACCAGAAACACCAGCACCCUGACUGUGGGGCCAAGAUUCUCUCUAGCAUAGUGCAGGCGCUGAACAAUAAUCCUUGGCUAUGUGACUGUCGCCUAAGGGGACUCUUUCAGCUUGUAAAGUCCAUCAGCUCCCCAGUCAUCCUGAUGAAUCCCUACCUGAUGUGCCGAGGCCCUCUCUCUAAGGUGGGGCAGUUUUUUCAUGAAACUGAGCUCAGUGCUUGCAUGAAGCCUCAGAUCUCAACCCCCACUACCACUCUCACCACCCAGGUGGGUCAGAAUGUAACACUGCAAUGCUUGGCACAGGCCAGUCCUUCACCAACCAUUACAUGGAGGUAUCCCCUGAGCAUGUGGAGGAACUUUGAUGGAUUGUUGGUAAGCAAACACCUAACACUGAUGUUGACCUCAUCCACUGCAGAAGAUGCUGUUCUGUCAGAGCUGGUCAUACCUGCUGCCCACUUAGUGGACAGGGGUAAUUACACCUGUGUGGCUUCCAACUCCAUCGGCAGGAGCACCAUUGUCAUCUCCCUCCACAUCCAGCCUGCAUCCCAUUCUCUUUCCAUCCCCUCACAGGUCAAUGUCUACAUCAACCUGCGGGUCAUCAAGCAGACUAUGUGCAGGGUCCUGCUGGAGUGGUUUACUGUGGGCAAUACCUCUGAAGAGAAGUGGGUCACCCUCUAUGUUGAAUCAGAUGUAUCCCUCAGGAAAGAGGUGGUUCACAUUGGGCCUGGAGUCAACACAUAUAUUAUGGAUGACCUCCUCCCAGGCACAAAAUACAAGGCAUGUGUCAGCCUAGGGGGACAGCCACAACACCAGGGCCAGUGUGCGGUCUUUGUGACAGGCUGGGACUGCAGUGAGCUGGACGAACAGGAGCGCUUCCUGUACAUCACGGUGGUCCUGUGUGCUGUGCUGCUAGCUGUGCUUGUGGGUGCCUAUGUCUGGGCAGCCCAGGUCCCCUGCAGCUGCAGGAAUUGGGGCUUGCUCUGCUGUCCUCAUCAUUGGAAAGCCCCCAGGACCCCCCAGCAGCCCCACAGCACAGAGAUCAUGCAGUGGCGUGUGAGGAUGGGACACUGA